GUGCUGCCCGUGUGGGUCGGCCAGGCAGGAGCCCAACCUGGACGCGCUAAGCCGUGUGCCCGUGGACGGCCGCCCCCGAUGCAGCCGCAGCCGCUGCCGCUGGAGGAGGCCCGCAGGGACGGGGCCGAGAAUACCCAGUGGUCCAGGCCCGAGUGCCAGGCGUGGACGGGAACGCUGCUGCUGGGCACAUGCCUGCUGUACUGUGCCCGCGUCAGCAUGCCCGUGUGCGCCGUGUCCAUGAGCCAAGACUUCGGCUGGAACAAGAAGGAGACCGGCACUGCGCUCAGCAGCUUCUUUUGGGGCUACUGCCUGACGCAGGUGGUAGGAGGCCACCUGGGGGACCGGAUCGGCGGGGAGAAGGUCAUCCUGCUGUCCGCCUGCGCCUGGGGCUUCCUCACCGCUGCCACCCCACUGCUCACCCACCUCAGCGGCGCGCACCUGGUCUUCAUGACCUUCUCGCGCAUCCUCACGGGCUUGCUCCAAGGCGUGUACUUUCCAGCGCUGACCAGCCUGCUGUCCCAGAAGGUGCGAGAGAGCGAGCGAGCGUUCACCUACAGCACCGUGGGGGCCGGCUCCCAGUUUGGGAUGCUGGUGACAGGGGCCGUGGGCUCCCUCCUCCUGGACCGGUAUGGCUGGCCAAGUGUCUUCUACUUCUCUGGUGGCCUCACGCUGCUGUGGGUGUGUUACGUAUACAGGUGCCUGCUGAAUGGAAAAGACCUCAUCCUGGCCUUGGGCAUCUUGGCGCAAGGCCUGCCGAUGUCCAGGCACACCAAAGUUCCCUGGAGACGGCUUUUCCGGAAGCCUUCAGUCUGGGCAGCCAUCUCCUCGCAGCUGUCGUCAGCCUGCUCCUUCUUCGUCCUGCUCUCCUGGCUUCCCACCUUCUUUCAGGAGACGUUCCCCAGCUCCAAGGGUUGGGUCUUCAACGUGGUGCCCUGGCUGGUGGCGAUUCCCGCCAGUCUGUUCAGCGGGUUUCUGUCUGACCAUCUUAUCAAUCAGGGUUACAGGACCAUCACCGUGCGGAAGUUCAUGCAGGUGAUGGGCCUUGGGCUGUCCAGCGUGUUCGCCCUGUGUUUGGGUCACACCUCCAGUUUCUGUACGUCUGUGGUCUUUGCGUCUGCGUCCAUUGGCCUGCAGACCUUUAACCACAGUGGCAUUUCAGUCAACAUCCAGGACCUGGCUCCAUCCUGUGCCGGCUUUCUGUUUGGUGUGGCCAACACAGCUGGGGCCUUGGCAGGUGUCGUGGGCGUGAGCCUGGGGGGCUAUCUCCUCGAGACCACAGGCUCCUGGACAUCCAUGUUCAACCUGGUGGCAGCCGUCGGCAGCCUGGGGCUGUGCACUUUCCUGCUGUUUGGAGAGGCCCAGCGGGUGGACCUGAGCCCUGCCCGCGAGGACCUCUAGCUGCCCCU